AUGACGACCACGGGUGCCCUGCCCCUGACCACCACCUUCGUGCCACCAACCGGCUGUACUACCGACAUCUACCGUAUUCUGUGGUUAACCAGCUCGGACUAUCCGUGGUGGUGGUUGAGUCUCGGGCUUUUCGGCUGGUCCACCUGCUUCCCCCAGGGUACCAGCCUACAAGCUACUUCUCGCCUGGUUUGCAGUCCAGAGAGCUAUACCGCUGCAGCCCCAUCGACUUCACAGGAGGCGAGACUCAGGCAACAUGCUAUCCCAGUCCAUAGCUACACCUACAGCAGCUCGGUGCUGUCAGAAACAGGAACCUACGGUGUAAAUGCCAAGAGCAUCUCUAUCCGCUGGAAAUCAGAAGACUUCGCAUCCAAAGUGGCGACAAGCACGACAGCAACAAGCACCACAACUAGCCCGACUCCCCACGACCACUGA